AUGACUGAUUGUAACAUAGUACCCUACAGUUGCAUGGCACCUAAGGCGUUCACCCCACUUGUUCCGCAGAGCAUACCACCUGUAGUAGUGUUGCAAUCUGUGACUAACUGUAUGUACAUUCCGGAGGUUGUAUUUUCCUACUAUUCCUCCAGGAAUUUGCCACCACUACAGGAGCUUUUAUCUGGCUCUCGUUGUCAUGGAAACGUAUACGGAAGUCAGGAAAAUCUACUGGGAGAUCAUGGCGUAGGAAAGACAUCGACAUGUAGACGCUUGCAAGGAAUGGAUUUUCGACAGGACGAACCUAGCACCACAGGAAUUGAAACAAAUAUCGUCAAAGCGAAAGUUAUUGAUGUUAACUGUAAGUGGCGGGAAGUAUCAAAUACACCACUAGAAGACUUUGAAAGUUCAGCAUCAUGGUGGGCAGUAUCACACGUGCGCAAACGUAAUUUUAAGGAAACUACAAAGCCCGGUAGCACGUCAGAAGGCCAUCCAAAACUGUCUGCAGUAAGCCUAAAGCUCACUGAAGAUAUAUUGUAUCAGACAAUGCAGAAUAUUCCCAUCGUAAUUACAUUUUUAUUCGGUGGGUUUACUUUCGGAUUUGGACUAGUUGUAUGGAUAAAUAUUCUUUGCUUGAUGUAUAUACUCGAUGUUCAUACUGCGUACCGCUUCGGUUGCGGUUACACUAUUGGAAUGUUACUGAUAGACAGUGCAGUGGGAAUAGAUUUGGGAGCCACUGAACUGACCAAAGCAGCCAUUGUCAUGACUUUGUGUAUACUAGUUGGCUUACUUGCUGGCGUUCUUAUGGGCUCAGGUGGUAGAACUGGAGUAUGCAUAGCAUUUUGUAUCAUGGUACAUCCAAAACAGAAAACAUUUACCAUUGAUACUGUUACAGAAAAACUUUUAUUUAUCUACAGCAAAGUAUAUUAUAAUUUGAUAAUUGGUAUCAUUGCAAUUAUUAGUAUAUUAAUGUUUAGGUAUAUUCCCUCUAAGGUAUUAUCAAUGAGUCGAAGGAACUGUGUACUUGUAUUAUUAAGUAUCAUUUCUUUCAUCACAGUCGUGGGCUUUCUUGUAGGACCGUAUGUCUUAAGCCUAUUUUAUACCUUUUCAUGUACUGCAGUACUUGUGAGUUUUAUAUCAGCUGGAGUUCUUUUAGGAAGAAAACUUGUUGCUUACGGCUAUAUCCCUCAAAUGUACAUUAUCAAGAAAGCUAUUGGUUUUGUAGCUGGUAUUUUUAUAGCCGCUUCGUGCGGGUGGGAACUAGCAGAUUUAAAAACUCUCAGCUUAGACAAAAACAGAUACUUCUUGGUCCCACGCUAUUCAUUCAGCUUAUUGCUUUCUAUAGCGCCAAUCAUUGCAUUUAUUGUCUACGAGUGGUUUGCAUACAUGAAAGUAAAAAAUACAACCUCCAUACCGAUAAAGCAUAUCCAAAAAUCAUUGGAAGCAGGUGUUCGUAAUGAACCCUAUUUGGACACUAGACUUAGCCUAUGGGACUUUGCCGGACAAGACAUAUACUAUAAUACUCACCAUCUUUUCAUGCCAAAGCAGGGUGUGUAUCUCAUUGUAUUUAACGCCGUUGAAGCGGCUGUGCAUCCUCGCAAACAGAUGAAUCGGCUACAAUUUUGGUUGCAAUCAGUUUCUAUGCAUGGAGAUAUUAAAAACGUUAUAGUGUUUCUUGUAGGAACAAGACGAGAAAGUGUUAUUGACAUAAAUGCUCUUUUGAAUUUCACUGAACUUGCAAAAGCACAUCUGUACAAACCUUUUUCUAGGUUACUUGCGUUUCAUCCUUCGGGUAACUUUUUCUUUUUUAUUGAAAAUUCGUUAUGUGUAGACCAAGAGCGUAACAUCUUACGAACAGUUAUUUAUAAAGAGAUUACAAAAUUGGAUUUUUUCAGGAGAAUCAUUCGGUAAAAUACCUUUUAUUCCAUGACACUUUGAACAAAUUUCGCUUACAAAAUUACAUUAUCGCAAGUUUAGUAGAGAUCUUAGAGGAAGUCAAAUCAACGUGCAAUAUCAUUUCUCAGAAUGAGUUGUGCGAAUUCUUAAACUUCUUUGACAGAUCUGGUGAUGUCAUAUACAAUGAACGUGAUGAGGCACUCCGACAUUACGUUAUCUGUGACCCUCAAAUGCUAAUAGACAUUCUGACAAUCUUAGUGAAUGUGCCUGAACCUCACCAAAGAAAUCGGACAGUAUCUGACUUAUGGCAGAAUUUGGAAGACACUGGCAUUGUUAACAGUAGACUACUGGAGCACAUUUGUAGACAGAAAAACAUUUGGCGACAUUACCCUUACAUCAUUCGUUUCUUAGUGGGAACACAUCUACUUUUCCCGCUUAAUGUUAUUGAUCCCGUUGACCAAGUCGGCACAUUUUUUCUGUCGUGUCGACUACCAGAGAAGAAUUUAAUAUCUACUAUACAGAACAGCGGUCAAGAAAUUUUUUAUUUCGACUUCGGUGAAAUUCUUCAAGAAUUUAUAUUUCUACGUCUCAUCGCUAAAUGUUGUGAGGUGUUUUACUGGGAUGAGAUCUUUUAUAAUUCAGCAAGUUUUAGGACAAGUAAAUCGUGUCUUUUCUUCAUCAGUACAGAGGUAAUUUCUGGAAACAUUAAUUCAUACGACAGAAAUCUUAUCAAAGUUGAAAUUAUAAGUGAAGACAAAACUCAGACUAUGUGCGUUCUACAGAAAAUGGUUCAUUUUAUUGAAGAAAUAAUAAAUCGGGAUUUCAACCUGGACUACUUUAGAAAACAGUAUAUUUAUGGGCCUGUGUGCGAGAGUUGUAGUUCCUUAGAUGGAACAAUGUGUUUGGUGAACCUCAUUACUCAUGGAAACGAUAUAUCUACACUGGAUGGCUAUAAACCAGAUAUUUACCAUACGGUCACAAUUGAUCUAAAGUUGAGUAUCACGUGCUGUCGAAUAAUAGACAACCGGAUCUGAGGUUAUUAUUUAGCUACAAAAAACGGCAAUAAAAAUUGCAAUGUCCAACAAACUCCUACACUAAGGCGACUUCAAGAUGGACCACAAUAGUAAAAAAAAUAGCAAUUUUCAAGAUAAUUUUAUAUGGAAUGGCUGUGAACGUACUGAAUCUGCCAUCUGAAACUUUUAGGCCCAAUCUUCCUUUAGUCUCCGGGAAUGUAUUUAUAAACGCAACCAGCUUCAACAUAGAUUCAUUACUAGGAAAACAUUGAAGAACCUUGACAACGCCACCAUCAAGUUAAAUGGAUAACUGUUAAUUUUCUGUCAACUUGAUUAAUAUAAAAUAUAAAAGGUACAGAUAUCCAUUACUAAAAGUUAUUGAAUCAUCAAGGCCUAUUACUAGAAUGAGAGUAUACCUAAUCUUGGGUUCUUUAAUCCUAACUCUAUAUUCGAGAACCAAUUUUGAAAGAGGCAGAACUUAAGGUAGACCUACUCUUUUGUUUCGUAUUGAUUCCACUAAACAGUCAAUCAAUGUUGAUCUUGAGCUUCUGUUUGGAGUCUGGGGUAGGCCUAUAUUGAUAUUGGGUCGUGAGUAUUGAAUGUUGGGUAAAAUGAAAAUGGUAAAAAGUUUGAGUAAGUGAUUGUUAAAAAAAACCUGUAGAAUAAGUACCAUACAACCAUGUAGUGAUCAUGCCAGGAAAAUAUGGAGAAUCAACUUUUUUAUUUUUUAUUCUUGCAAUUUUGCAUACAAAUGACAAAUCAAUAAAAGUAGACACAAUGAAACACGCAAAGAAUAAUAACAUUACAUACAUAAUAAUUAUAAAAACAAUGCAAAGUUGAAAACGUUAUAUAAAUUAAGAAAUUGUAAAUAGUAAAUACUGUAUACGUAAAAAAUACAUAUUUAGUCAGAAAACAUCUGAAACAAAUGAUAAAGAGAAACCAAAGGAGGGCGGCUCGUAUUGUAACAAACAAUUUUGAAUCUAUUAAUGUAAUAUCAUUCAGGCCUUGUCAUGGCAAACAUUCGAAUAAAGAAAAGCGUUUUCGUUGGCAUGAUUAAUUUCAGUGCAUCUAUGGUCUUACGCCACAGAGACCUGUUGAAAUGAUUAGUGAUAAACAUGAAUUCCUCAUUCAAAAUUGUAGGAGCCAAAAUGUAGAACAACUUGCCUGUAAAUCUAUAAUUACUAGUCAAUUAACUCCUUUAAAGCCAGGCACCGAAUGAAAAAAGGUUUGAUCAUGGAGGUUUUUCUGAAGACACAAAGAGCAUGUUUGACGAAAACUUGGUUGCUGAUAAUGAGAUACAGAUAUUUAAAUAUUUAAAAACUGUGGGGAAAAGGUGGAAAAGGGGUUUUUAAAUACCUCCCUAGUUUUUCGUCAAAUUAAGCUAUUUAUGUCUUCGAAGAAUCAGUUGUACAACACAUCAACAUUUUUUUCCAGAACCUGGCUUCAACACUAACUACAAAUGUAAUUUCUUUUCAAUUUUAUCUUUACAUUUUAUUGUAAAUAAAUUUUUGCUAACCUAAUUCUCAGGACCACUCUGCAAAACAGGUACAUUGCCAAUACCUGAUUUGGUCAUCCUGUUGUAAUAUAUAGGCUUACAAAUAUGUUGUAGGCCCUAUAUAUUGUUCAAAAGCGUGCAAUUCUUCGCUAUCGAAUGUCCAGUCCUGUAAGGCAGGGGCGCUGCUCAGUACAGCCUUAACAUCGGCACUGGUUCUAGCCGCUUCUCGCCCAGUGGUUGGACUGGUUGAAAGGGGUGGCACCAGCGGGGUGAGGAGGGGUGUUUUCCCACCCGUCAGACAGGUCUGUUCCCCCUGUCAUCCGACGAACGACUAGGUCGUCUGGCCAAAAAAUUAAAAAAACAAUAAUAAUUUGCCAAUUCAAAUAACGCUAUUUUUUUUCUUUCUUUUUUUGGCCAAUCCCAAAUAUUCUAAAAGCACAUUUUGGACCAAAUUAGGCCAUAAAAAAGCAUGAACCCUUACAGGGAUUUUUUUUAUUCCGGGCCGUCAACUUUUUUUGGACCCCUCCAUUGGACACGUCAAACCCCAUGUGGGCAAAUUUCUGACCCCACCGCUGCUGGUAGAACCAAGUCUUUUCGGAUGAGGACUUAAAAUAAAGGUCCAGUUCUAUCUCGUCUAUCUAGCUCUUGUGAACUUUAAAGAACCCAUUUCAUUUUUCGAAAGAGAAGGGGUUACCCCGAUGCUAUCGUUCAUUUUAGUCCCUGAUUUUGUAGAAUGAUGUGAACAUGUAGCUACUAUAAGCGUCUCUUUACGGCGGCUAGGUAGUCACAGACCACGCCUACGCAAUUCAGCACGACAACGCUGCGAAUUAUGGCCAUUCUCCUAUCUCUAUCUCACACAUACCGUACUGCUCCUUUAUAACUUUAAUUAUUUAAUUCUUAAGUAUAGGCCUACCGUACUCAAGGAUACUGUAGGCCUAUGUUUAUUUAUGUAUUAAGAUAUUGUUUCGGCAGUUCACUACGUAAUUUGUUUUUGCAAGUUACUUCAGUUCAUUGAUGCACAAGACAGAUUCAGCAGUUUUAUUUUCCCAAGGUUAUAAAUUCAGUCAAGUUAUAAUAUUUUAUUGGCCCUUCAAUAUGCAAUACAGUACCAAUAGUAUAGUAUGUAUACCAAUGCUGUUUUAAUUCCGAACGGUCAGGUGGUAAUCCACAAUGGCAAGGGCUGUGAGAUGGACGGAUCAGUACACUAGGGUAACCCCCUACUCGUCUCGAAAGAUGUACUGGGUUCUUUAUAGUGCACGUGCCAAAAGUGUACAUUGGGCCUACGGUUUAUAGUCCUUAUCCGAGAAGAAUUGUUCCACCUCCAGAAACAUAAGCGAGCGUGCCGUUCCAACCAGCACCGAUAUUAUGGCUGUAGGGUGGUGCGCCCCUGCUUUAACUGCUCGGCCAUUUGACUCGCCUGAAAAAAAUAAUAAAAACACUUUCAGUGACUGGAAGUGUUUCUCAUUUUUACGCUGUAAAAUUAUGGGUAAACUAUGUUUAGAUACAUUAAUUUCUAUGUGAAAAAUUGAUAAUUUGUAUGUUAUUUACGGGGCGCCAAACGACACACUACCUGU